AUGCGUAGUCAUCUUUUAGAACAAAGCACGUCGGGUCGAUUCUCAACCACAAUCCAACAUGUAAUGGCUGCGAAAAAAUCAGAGCCUGACAAGAAUCUGCCGUGGGGUUUGACCCCAGAAGGGUUAACCCCAGGAUCUAUGAAGGUAAGCUGAAAUUUAACAUCUGUUCUCUCGUUUUAAUUAGCAAUUGAUUUGGAAUUCAAGAUAUCGAUGUUUCAUCGUCAAAGUAACGCUUUGCAAUGGAUGUAUUCCUUGCAGACAAUUUCUGAGAGCAAGUUGAAGUCCUUCUCUGUUGGAAUGAUGAACGCUGGACUGAAGAAACCCGCCAGAUCAAAGCUAGAUUCUGAUGAGAAGAAAAAAGGUCUCACUUAAUUGUGAUUUUGUACAGUAGAAUAUCCUAGAUCGUAAGAAAGCAGAAAAAUUGUCGGUACGAUUUACUAGAGAUUUAAGACGCUGCAACUGAAAGCCAGAUUUUGCAAGUAUAUUUUUAAUGGAACUUGACAUUUGAAGGAUGUUUUAGAAAUGAAGAGGCUAUGUGUAAAUAUUCAUAUGAUGCAUAGUGUAAGAUUUUAUGGUAAGAUGUUGAAGGAUACAAGAAGAGUUUGUUGAUCAGGAAUGGAAAGUGAGUGAUUUUCAAAAAGCCUUUUAAGGUAGCAUUGGAAAGAGCUAUAUUGUCAACUCUGGCAAUGUACGUAUUUAAUCAAUCCAGUUGUUUUAAUCUCCUUCAGGGGUAAUGUUACAUUUACCUGAGUAUUUGUUGUAUUUAGCCUCUCCAUAUAUUUGGUUCAAAAUUUUCAUGUGUUUGUUGAGCAUGCUCCUGAGAUGGUUGUCUUUUUGGAUAUUUUGCAAUCCCUGUGGUGGGUAGCAAAUCAAGCAAGUUGCAUUUCGUGCAGCAUGCAUUAUCAGACGUUUUCAGUUUGGUGAAGUUCACAGGAAUCAUACAAAAUAUUCCACAGGUUUCAAGUUUGUUUUGUUCACAAGGGUUUCUGAAAAGAGGGGAGGUUAUAUUAGAUUGAAGGAAGCUGUAAAUCAUGUGUUGCAAGGGGAUAGAGAAAAAUCCAUGUCCCUCUCUAGUGUUAAUGUGUUAUUUGGAUGCUCUGAUCUUCAGCUAACUUGUUGGCAAAUCAGUUGACCAAUAAGACCAUUUAUUAGCAAUAUUCUGGACAAGUGUCCAGCUAACUACCUGGAUUAGCAAUGUUAAAAUAACUCUUGUAACAGGACAGUUUUAAUUUCAGUUCUUGAAUACUUUGUCAAAGUUAUAAUUGUCUCUGUUUUUUAGAAAGCAGAAUCAGAGUGUGCUGAAGUGUUUGCAGAUUUUGUUGCUUCAUUUGAAGAUGCUCGGGUGGCUGGGAAGACUUUUGUGCGCGGCAAUACAAUCAACCCGGAAACAAAAGGUAAAAUUAUUUCAAAACUGAUUCGUGUAUUUAUUAUUCCAAAUAAAUAGUAGACUUAUUUAUCUGUCUUUGUUCUCUACCUAAAGAUAAAUUUAAAAGAGUAUUUCAUAGACAGUUAAAGAACAUUUCGAUGCAAGAGGGUACUUUAUACUUUAAUCAAUAAAUUUAUAAAAUCAUAAUUGUUAUUUUGUGUCUAAUUUUACUCCAGUUAUAAUAUGUAAUAUCUAAUUGGCUGUGCUAUAAUUCAUGGUACUGUUUUUCUUGUUCGUGUACAUGUAUAUAUAUGUUCUCUAGUCAUUUCCUUUGUUCAAUCAAUUAAUUCUUUCCUCUAGCUGCUACACAUUUCCUUGUGAGUUGGUUAUGAGAAUUUGGUGUCGGGUCAAUAUAAUAUCUCAUACCUGAUAAGAGUUUUCUCACUACCAGUGAGAUCAAUAUAAUAUCUUGUAACUUAAAAGUUUUAAUAUUCUCAAUACCAAUUUGCUGGAUGAUACAGUGUAUAUGGAUGCUAUAGGAAGAAGUUACAGUUAAUUACUUCUGGGAGCUAAAGGGUAAAGUGAAGAAUUUAUCUUAAUGUUUCUUUUCCUCCCACUUCGAUUUUCUUCACUAUUUUGUAGUGAAGAAAUGUAAAAUGGUUUCCAUGUUUACAUAACCUGAUGUAAACACGUGGGAGGUUGGGAGAACACGAGGUAAGCGUAGGAAACCACGAUGCAAAGUGGAGUGGUUUCCAGCUUACGGAGUGUUCUCCCAACCUCCCAAGUGUUUACAUCAGGCUAUGUAAACAUGGAAACCAUUUUACAUUUCUUUAUAAAAAUGACUAGUGAAAGAGGAACGAAAACUGUGUUUACGUAUGCUCAUGUAAAAUGGUUUUAUAGCCAAUCAGAGCGCGCAUACUAUUUGAAUUAUUUUAUAAGUAUGGGUUGUUUGAUAUGUAUUUUAAUUGCUGAGGUUGUUCGAUUUUGUUGCUGAUGUUUGUGAAUGUUUUACAGAGGAGACUGCUUCGGCACAGGCUGGAGCUCUAUACAAGCCAAUGGCAAAGAUAUCUGCUACUGUUAUGGAAGAGAAAAUCAAGACUGAAUUGGUAGCUCCCAAAGUGGUGUGUAUUCAGUUUUAAUUUUAUGUAUAGUGGUCUUGUGGCUAGCAUAACCCUUUCACUCUGAAGAUCUCAUUAGCAAUUCUCCUUACUAUCUACCAUAUAAUUCUUGUGAUGUUAGUUUGGAGAAUUUGGUAUUGGAUUAACUAAAAAUCCCCCUAAUCGCUAUUUUUCUUUAUUCUUAUCACUUGUCUGCUUGAUAUUACAUUGAUAUGGAAAAGAGAAAUUCUCUCUUGGUCACUCAUGGGAGUUGAAGUGUUAGUUAUCUUUGGGCAAGAGACUUAGAUGGAUUCUCCACAGUGCAUCUCUCCUCCCGCGAGUGUUAACAGUACUUUAAUUGUCAGAGGAAUGUUAUAUACCAUAUUGCUUGUUGCAUUAUGCUACAGUAAAUGGAAAUGUGCAGUGCAACACAUAGGAAACUUGUAGCACUGAAUAACAAAGGCAAAAAAGUUGUGCAUGUUUUUGUCCUUGUGCACAUAAAAAUUGUAUAUGCGUGUCUGACCUUCCCUGUGUAGUUAACAUAUAUCUGAGCAGUACUGUACUCUCCACUGGCAAUCAAACGUUUUGCAUUUUCUGUUCUUUUUUUCAGGAGUCUGUUAAGAAAAAAGGCAAAGAGAAAGAAAAGAAGAAGAGCAAUUUAGAACUGUUUAAGGAAGAAUUAAAAAGGUAAAUAAAGUUAUUGUUAAAUGUAUGUGAGAGUAAUUGUAUUUAUUCUUACAGGCAUGUAUGCUUUUAUGAUUUUUUGUCUCUUUUUGUUCAGACAACAGAAGGAAAGGGAGAUAAGGCACAAGAUCAAGAAGGGUGAUCUAGCUGAUAUUCCCAGAGAUGUCUUAGAAAAUAUGGCACCAUCUCUUCUUGCACCUUCCAAAGGUAUGGACUAAUAGUUUUGGGUGAUAAAGUAUAUAGUUACCAAAUUUAGAUCAAUUCAGAAGUUCAGAAAAAAAUUUUAAAUUUAACAGGAUUGGUUCCAUUUAUCUUUGGUCUGUGGCUGUCAUUGUGAAUUUCUCCUUUAUAUUGAAGACAAAACAUGCGACAAGGAUCAGAAACAAACAUUUUGCUUCCUUCAUUCCCAAUGAAUUACAACCAGUAAUUGAUUUGUUUAUAUUUGUAGAGGAAGGUUAUUCAUAUGGAUCACAUGAUACUGGAGAUCCCAACACAACAAAUCUUUACAUUGGAAACAUCAAUCCAGCAGUAAGUUAAUUCUCCAUACUUUUCUCUACACAUUUCAUAAGGUGAUGACAGGGAGAAAUUGUUUAACAAUCCAGGACUUCAUUAGUUAGUGAUCAUUUCCUUAUAGUCUCUUGACCCUAAUGAGUGAUUCAGGGGUUAGGAGAAAUUAGAUGCUAAUCACUCCUACAGUGGUUAAAGGGUUAAGAUAUGUUUUUGUGAAGCCAUAUAAUCAUUUCUCAAUCAGGACAGGCCUGAUUUAUAUAAAAAAGCAAUAAUCUUACAAGCAUUGUUGCUCAUAAAGAGUUUUAUGAAGCUUCAUGAAGAACAUUGUUAGAGUAUGUUACUGAAAAGAUAAUCCAAAGCUAGAACUGGUCCUAGUUUCAAAAGGUCUGUAUGAUUCACCCUUAUGCUGUUUCUUCAUUUUUUAGAUGACAGAGGAGAUGUUAAUGCGACUGUUUGGCAAGUAUGGACCUCUGGCCAGUGUUAAAAUCAUGUGGCCUAGGACUGAGGAGGAGAAGGCUCGCAACAGAAAUUGUGGUUUUGUUGCUUACAUGAGGAGAAAGGAUGGAGAAAAAGCUCUUAAUGCUCUAAAAGGUUAGAUUUUAUUGAAAAAUAUUUAGUUUCAUAGGGAUUUUCUUCAUCUUAGAGCUGAAGGUUUUGGGUUUAAAGCAAACAUUCAAAUUCUUAAAGAAGGUGUAUUCUUGAGAACAAUGUAUCUUAAUAAUAAUUUCUGAUUUAAACCCACCCACCUCCCCCUCCCCCUCCCCCUCCCAUUUCAAGCAACAGUGCACUCUAUAGGGAAAGAUGUUUUUUGUCCAGUCACAAGCGUGGAACAAAGAAAAAAUUCUGAGUCCCCACGAGGAAUGGAACCUCAGACCUUUGGAUUCCACACUUAACUGGUAUUCUGUUUAUAUAUAUGAACCUCAUAAUAGACCUUGCUCAUGCUAGAGUCUCUGUGGCUCAGUAGUAGAGCAUUGAAGUGUAGAAUCUGAAGGUCUGAGGUUCAAGCUCAAAACUUACCACCUCUCUUAUUUUAUUUACUGUACUAUAAGUUUCUCUGAAAUUCUGUCAAGAGAUAAGAGAUAACUUUAUUCUUUCUCAUCACUCUAAUGUUUAAAUGAUUAUUGGCUGUCACAAAAGAGCUCAAUACUAUGUUAACAAAGCACCCCUUUUGAAAACAUUGUUGUCACUAAAAACCCUUUUUGGUUUAUGAAUUUCUUUUACUUCUGAUCACAGGGAAAGAAGUCAUGUCCUAUGAGAUGAAACUAGGUUGGGGAAAAAGUGUUCCUCUACCACCCCAUCCUAUCUAUAUUCCCCCAGAGAUGCAAGAAGACACUACCCCACCACCCCAAUCAGGGUUGCCUUUUAAUGCUCAACCUGAUAAAAAGAAAGAUGACUACUCCAGUGCUCCUCCCCCACAGGGGGGUGCCGAGGAAGGCAAGCGCAAUCUUGAUGCAAAUGGUUUUAAUAAGGAGGUGAGCUUCAGAUAAUGGUUUAUCCAUGAAUUCAGAGUUUGUAUGAAGUAGCCUAGGGAAUCGCAAUACUUACAUGUUCAUAACUCCUCUGUAAUUGUUUUUUUUCCCAUGUAUGAAUAUUUAAUGCAUGAUAUUUUUUAUUACAUGUACAAAGUGGUUUUGUCAUUUGUAAUGUGCUGUCAGUAUAUAAGUUUUACAUAUUCAUUUAUUUAUAUAUAAUUAUUAAUUAUUGUAUUGUUAUCUCUGUCUGUGCCUUUGUGAGAAUACUGUAAGUUGAAUGAAAGGAAAAAGUCCUCUUUUUUUUUAUUCUAAACCAAAAACCGUAUAAAACUUUUCAUGGGACCAACUCAUCAUCAGGUUUUUUCCUGUGAGUCUUGAUUUUUUCAUGUGAUGUAAGAAUUGUUUCUUUUGAACUAUUUUCUAAUUAAGGAAAGUAUAUCUUCAUGGUGUUCCUUUUUUGUGUUCAAAAAACUGCUAAAUCAAGAAAAAAUAUAUUUUUGUGACAUAGUGAACAAUUCUCUUAUCUUUUCUCCACAUAUUUCAUGUUUAUUUGAAAUUCUUGGGGCAAGUAUUUUGAAUUUAUCAAAAUGGAGAGCGCCAGAGCAUGCAUGCACCCUUUAACUUACAUUCCAAUCAGCUGUUACAGAUUCACAAUUUGUAUUUAUGUUAACUGUAGGUUAAAUCUUAUUAGCUGUUUUGUUUAAUACUCACAAAGUCUUUGGCAAUUGUCUCUUAGACCUUAGCCAAUGCGGUCGUGAAAGUUGUAAUCCCGACGGAAAGGUACCUUUUCUAUGAAAAUUCACUGUUGUUUUUUCAUUCCCUUGUGGAAUAAUCACUGGCUGCUGGUAUGUUUCUUGAGUGACCUCUCCAUGCCAGGCUUGAUAAAUAUUACACAUCAUACAUAUGAUGUCUGUACAUUUUUGUUGUUUUGUAGAUUAUUUACACCCUGUUAUUUGAUUUAGAAAGCCUCUGUACAGGUGUACACUGUACAUCUAAUACAAAGUUUUUUCUUGCUUCUUCCAUUUUUUAUUCCUUUUUGGCAUUUUUGGUGAAUUAAACAAUAUGUUAUAUGAUUAAAAUCUAACUGCAACCAAAAAAUAUAAAAAUUAUGUUCUUUACUCUCUCUAUAAUCUCUGUAACACUAUUAUGUUCCUGAAAGUUGAGUACCACAAGUAUUUUAUACAUGCCUACAACAAUCUCUUCCAAUUUCAUAAAAUUGUACUUAACAAGUCUUAACAGCUUUGUAUAUUCUUAAAUGUUUGGAAUUUGUUGUGUAGCACCACCUUGUCAGAUCCGGAAGUAAUACUUUAAGUUUAGUGGCUUGCUCAAGCCAUUUUCAAGGACUUUUUUUCUUUUGUUUUGUAUCAUAUAAACAUUUAUUUAGUUGAGUGGUGUUUUUGCUGGGAAGCUUUUGCUUGAGUGCUUCAAGGUUUCUGUGCCUUGUUUGCCAAAGUCAUUUAAAAUAAGUUGCCCCAUGGGAUACUAUUCUUAAUUCUUUAGAAAGUACUUGUAAACCAUUUCCUAUGUUUUCUUCAUUUGUGUGCUUAUUCACACAAGCUGAAAAAUUAGCCAUAUUUAAUUAGCUCUACAUGUAGGAUGCAUUCAGUUCCAUAGAAGAAAAAAAAACUCACUUUUUUUAAUCAGCUUUGAGGUGAAGAUGUUCAUCUUACCAUGUUUGAUUUCACAGUGAUAGUCACUAACUUUCACAUGUUGUUUGUUGUUGUGGUAACCACUGUAAUUCCCACAGGAACCUCCUGUGCCUCGUACACCGUAUGGUUGAAUUUGUCGUGCGUGAGGGACCCAUGUUUGAGGCCAUGAUCAUGAACAAGGAACUGAACAACCCAAUGUACAGGUGAUUGAAUAUUAUCUUCUGAAUUACAGCUCGCAUGUCUUGGAAAUUCAGCUCAAAUUAUUGCAGUUUCAUAAUUUGUCAUUGAGUAUAACAUCAUUCCUGUUCAUCCAUAGUACUCACUUUUAUUCCUUUUUUGUAUUUUUUUGCACUUCUUUUAUUGCUUUUCUGUUUUGAAAAACUGAUAUUCCUUAAUCAUCUUGAAAUUGAAGAUGGGUCCACACAAACUUGUUCUUUUGUAACCCUUCAAGAUCAUAUUGUUAAUUCUCCCCUCUGGCUGUCACAUAUUUCCUUAUAAAUUAGUUCUGAGAAUUUGGUGUUAGAUCAAGGUAACAACUUCUAGCUGAUAAUUUGGAGUAUUCCCAUGACCUGUUUGUGGAAUAAUGUAUGGAUAUUAUAAGGAGACGUUACAUAUUAAUCACUUCAGGGAUUGAAAGGGUUAAAUUUGUUGUUUUCUGAAUCUCUGUUUGUAGGUUCUUGUUUGACAAUCAUUGUCCAGAACAUAUCUACUAUCGGUGGAAGCUGUUUUCCAUUCUCCAGGUUUGUUCUGGUUUGCUCUGUAUAAGCAAUGUUCUUGCUUGUUUAUUCUUUGCGUGUUCAUUGGCUGCUUUUGGUAUUUCCUUUUCUUUGAUUAGCUCUUCCCCAACCCUCUAAGUUUUUUUUUUUUGUUUUUUUUUUUUUUUCCAACAUUCAAUCACAAUACUCCUUUUUGUCUCAAUUCACUUACAGGGUGAUUCCCCUACAAAAUGGCGGACAGAAAAAUUUAGAAUGUUUAAUAAUGGCUCUUUGUGGAAACCACCUCAGUGUCAUCAGUACACCAUGAGUGCAGCAGCUUUUAAUGCCAAUAAACAACCUGUGCCUCAAGUAGAAACACCCAUUGCACCAUCAACGUCACAGACAUCAACAACUGCACCAUCAUCAUCACACAGCUCAAGUAGCAGUCACAGCAGUAGUCAUACUGCAUCAGCAUCCACAACAUCAAGUAGUAGGAAGUGUUCUCUAUCCAAUAGGUAAGAUCUCUGCCCAUCUGACAGUAUAAGGCCUAGGAUCAUAGAAAACUUUAUUUUAACUCCUUAUACAAAAGAGAAGCAGUGCCAAGUGCUUUGUUUGUAGCUGUUGCUAUGUGUGGGAGAAUUAAAUAGUUUCCUCAAAACUGUGGAUCACAAUUCUUGUAAAGUUCUUUGAGUGUCUCGAUCCUUGAUAUCUGAUUCUUGAGUCUCAAUACACAAUUCUUGAUGGUUUUAAAUAUAGAGUUUUAAGUUGAGCCUGUCAACCUACUUUGAGUAGUACUGUACACCUCAUGGGGCACAUAUUUGAUUUUUAGCAUAUGGAUGUUGCAUUUAUCAGUGGCGUUUUGUCUUUUGAAGUAAUAUUUUUCAAUCUCUGACAACAAUCAUGAUUAAUCAAUUGUUUAUGUUUCACAAAACUGAGACAUGUAUACAGAUGCAAUGCCUGGCUCUUUUGAUGACACAGAAUAAGAUUUUCUGGCGCACGUGUACAACAAGGACAGAGUAGACAAUUAAGUUGUGUUAUACUUGUAAUUCUUUCUGGUAAUCUUGAAAUAAGGGAUACAUCAAUAGAGAAGUGACAGGGGAGGGUAGGGCAAAAAGCAAAAAAGAGUUUUGGUUUGAAAAAAUGUGGUGAAUUUGUUUUGGUAUAAAGUAGAAAUCUGAAAAUUCACAUAUUUGCACUGCGGUGGGAAAGAUGAAAUUAAGAGAUCCUCGCAGCUAAGAACACUACUGAAACGAGUAGUUGUAAAUAGGACCUGAAAAAAAUUCAGGCCCGUAUGGGAUAUGAACCCAUGACCUCUGCGAUACCGGUGCAGCGCUCUACCAAUUGAGCUAACAAGCCAACUGGGAGCUGGUCAAUGAAUUGCCAAAUUGCCAGGUCCUAUUUACAACUACUCGUUUCAGUAGUGUUCUUAGCUGCAAGGAUCUCUUAAGUAGAAAUCUAUUUUUGGGAAAAUUUUUGUGGUUGCAGGCAGCGCGACAAGUUGGAAGACAUGCUGAGGGAUUUAACUCCAGAAAGGAUAAAAAUUUCCAGAUGUAUGGUGUUUUGUGUUGAUCAUGCAGACUGUGCAGAGGAGGUAAAUUAGAAAUUAUGCUAUGGUUUUCCUCUCAUGAUUGAUCCAAAUAAGCAUCAGCUGUUUAAAAGAGUGUGAAAUAUUAUUUUGUCUAUAUCCACAAUCUGUCUUUGUGUAUUAUUUAAAAGAGUUUUUCGAAAGAAUGAUUCAGAACUAUCGAGAGUUUUUCCUUUUUUCUUGGCACAUCACCAAAUUCCUUUUGUUAAGGAAAAUACUAACUUUCCUAUUUUGUCAAAAGGCAAAAGUAACAAAAGCAACCCAUUGUAGUCUAAUUUUGACAAGAGAAUGACCAAAUACUUGUAAUUACUGGAAAUAAUAAAUUAUGCCCAGUAAAUUGAUGCUCUAAUUUGGUCCUAACUAUAUUUUACAUUUUUUUUUUCACAUAUGCAAAGUUUUAUUAAGUCUCUUUACUGUGUUCAAUCAGGUUGUUGAAUGUAUUGCUGAGUCACUGUCAAUUUUGCAGACCCCUCUGCAAGUUAAGGUAAGUAGAAUGCCAACAUUUCCACUAUGUAGGGUGAAUUGGAUGUGUGUGUUCCACGAGAGAGGAGAAAAGGGUUGUCCCAAGAAGAAAAGAGACAAUUUUGAACUAUGAAUAUCUCAUUGUGAGCUCAAGUCCCACAUAGAAUUUACCAUCAGUUACUUUAGAAGGGAAUAACUUUACUUUAGAAAGGAGUAACAAGCCUACUUGUGUUUGACUUCAAAGUCUUCAUCCAUUCCAGUUUUCUUCAUCAUUUUUGUGCUGAAUCUGAGUGACAUUUGCCUCUGUAGGUCGCAAGGCUGUACCUGGUGUCAGACAUUCUGCACAACUGCUCUGUCAAAGUACCAAAUGUGUCCUAUUACAGAAAAGGGUAAGGAACCUUAUUCAUCUUCUCUGUAGGAACAUAAAUGUCCUUCUCCCGUGUAUUAAAAAGAAAGAUUAAAUUUUGCUCACAAAUGUACUUUAGAAUGAGAUAUUUACAAUUUCCUUUUCAGAUUUCAGACUCUCCUCCCAGACAUAUUUGGUCACUUAAGUGUCUCUUUCAAAUCUAUAAAUGCUCGUAUGAAAGCAGAAAACUUCAAGGUGAGUUUACAUGAAUUAUGUUUUUACAACCCUUCAGUCUUUUCCUCUGAAACCCUAAAGCCGGCAAGCAAUGAAACGCCAUAGAGGACUAAGAAAGCUUGCCUUGUACAGUUAGACUGGCAUGUUCUUUGGUAUGAUCAUUGACCAGUGGACGACAUGGAAAAAAUAAAAAUUUAUAUUAUUUUUAUUUUCAGAAACAAGUUCUUCGCUGUCUUGCAGCGUGGAUGGACUGGGCUGUGUAUACUCCCGAUUUUUUGUUUGAUUUGGAGAACGUGUUUUUGGGUAACAACGAAAGACCGAGUCAACCAGAGGUAAACUUUGUACAAACCUUACACAAGUCUGCUGUCAUUCAUUCCUUAGGUUUUUACAUUUUUGGUAAUUAAAUUGUCUAAGAUUCCGAACGAGAGGUCUGGGUCCAAGCUCCGUGAGAAUCAACCAUUUACACCUUAACAGUACGCAUAUUCUCCAUAAUGUUCUCCGCAUAUUUGCUUUGGUACCAUCUGGGAGAAUUUGUGUAACAAUCAAGAGCUUAAUUGGAAAUCAUUUCCUCGUUCCCUUGACUUUAAUUGUUUGAUUCAGGGAUGACACUGAGAGUAGAAAAUUGACGCAAGUCACUUAGUGAUAAAGAGUCCACCUUUUGUCAUUUCUUGAUUUUUGUUCUACUCCAGGCUACCGAAGAGGCUUUUACUGAAAGCAAGGCCGAUCUGGACGGAAAACCACUCGACAUCGAUGGUCUGCCCAUCAAGUCAAGUGACGUGGAUGGCGUCCCAAUCAGAUCAAGCGAUAUGGAUGGCUUCCCGAUUAAACAGACUGAUAUCGACGGAGUUCCUCUAUCCAGUGAUGAUAUUGACGGAAAGCCGAGUAAGUGGAUUAUUAACUGUUUCACUCCCAAGAUCUCGCUAGUAACUCUCCUUACUAUCUGUUAUACAAUUCUUAUGAUGUUACUUCGGAGAAUUUGUUCAAAACACGUGACCUCUUUUUUUCCUUACCUCAGUGGACGGCAAAAAGAGUUCCGACAAGUCGCGAGAUAAAGGUCAGGAUUUCACGAGAUUUUUGUACUUUUUCCUGCGUUUCCAUGUUUCUUUAUUAUUAUUAAAAAUAAUUAAUAUAAUGUUCACCUUAGCUUCAAAGCGAUUUUGACAAGUUGUUGUUAGUUUUCUAGGCUACCAGUGUUCAUAUUAGAUUAAAGACAGUUUAUAUUGUUUCGGCAAAAUUGUAUUUAGUGAUUUAAACGAGUAGUAGUGAGCUGGCUGUAAUAAUAAUGGUAAUGAUGAUGAUGAUGAUAAUAAAAAUAAUAAUAAUAAUAAUAAUGAUAAUAAUAAUAAUAAUAAUAAUAAUAAUUAAUGCAUUUUUUGCACGGUUAAGUUGAUAGACUUGCUGAUUUGGACAAUCCUUACCAGAGAAACUCUUCUCUAAAGAAGUCUGCCUGACCAUUUUCCGGCGAUUUAUAGUUAUAUUUCCUUUUUGACUCAUUCUCUAAUGCACAGGGACUCCCUUACAAUCCCAUUCUCAUUUUUCUGUAUCAUUUAUUUCUUUCAGAUGUUCCUCACGUUGCGUCAAAAUGGGAUCGACCUGAAUGGGAGACGGUUGAAGAGCGGGAGCCUUUACCAGAGUGAGUAAUAUGCACACGAGGGAUGAGGUUCCAAAUCAUAUUCUUUUCAUAGAAGAGGUCUUGUGUAUUUUGGCGCAAAAAAAGCCAGCCUCGCUUUCAAAUUGAUAAGAUUUAAAUAAGGACUUUCAUGAUACGUUCGUUUAGACCCGCCAUCAAAGACGAUUCUCCGAAAAGACCCGAGGAGCCUUCAGCUGCCUCCGCAGAGACCCCUCGAGUAGCGGAAAUUGACGAAAGCAGACGGAAAAAGCUUCGAGAAAUCGAACUCAAAGUUGCAACGUAUGCCCAGAAACUGGAAGCAAAAGGAGCGAGCGACAUUGCUCAACAGUGUGAUGUGUUCAGAGCCAAGUUACUGGAAGUGAGUGAUGCCCUCAUAUAGCAAACAACUCUACCCACUUCAUUACAUUUUUUUCUCUCUUCUUGGCAAUUUUAGCUUUCAACCUCAGUCUCUUACUACUUCUAUUUAUUAGGCUAUUGAACCAAAAGAAGUAAAAGAUAAGAAGAAGAAAGGAAGCAGCCACACAAAUUCACCAUCCGACUCUCGCCGGAAGAAGUCUCGGAGUCGAUCUAAGUCCCCUUCUGCCAAAAAGCGAACUCGGCGGUCCCAGUCCUCUGAGAGUCGUUCGACCUCGAGAUCUCCCGAGAGGAGCGGAUCGCCCUUGACUACUUCCCUACAGGUUCUGAUACUUUGGCGUGAAGAUUCUUGAAAAAAAUUUUCAGUGGAUUUUGAAACGAUCAACAUUAACCCGCCAGCCUUGUUUAUUAAACAUCCGCCUAAUAAUUUCUUUUUUUCUGUUCUUAGUCGUUGAAGCAUUACGAGUCACGCACACCUUCGCCUUCGAAUUCCAAACGGUCAAGAUCGCGAUCCCGCAGCCGGAGCUCAUCCCGCGGGCGAGCAAGGUCCCGAUCCCGAAGUCGCUCUCCCGGCAGCAAGCAGAGGCGUAAACGUUCCAGGUCACGAAGUGGCUCACCUUCUAAGAGAAACUCGUCCCGAAAGAAGCGAUCGAGAUCCCGCUCAAGAUCACCUUCCAGAAAAAAGAGCAAAAAAGAAGAAGAAAUGAAUCCAAAAGAGGAGAAAGAAAAACGAAGCGGCUUUUUUUUUUACCCUAUACUGUACUCUAUUGAAAGAUAACUCUAUUGUGACGCGUGACAAGUUGAAGCCUGUAUGGGUAGCGCACAAGGGGAAGGAAGGGUAAAGUUAUUUCACGCAUGAAGUGCGAUCUUUGCCAUCUCUCAUGGACAAAGUGUGUUCUUUAAGUAAUUUUCCUUCUUUCUCUUCAUUUUUACGAUGACCAUGCGAGGCACGCUCGUCGUCAACAGUUUACCUUUCCGAGAAACACCCGAUAGACACGGCGGGGAAGGACGCCAUGUCACUAAAGUGACCACUUUUUGUUCUUUUCUGCAAAUUGUUUUUCAACUCGGAACGACUUGAUUUAUGCACGGAACUUGUUUCAAGGAUUUACUUGCAGUCUUCCAAAUAAAAUUAUUAUUGUAAAAGAAAGUGCGUUUGAUUUUUUCCCCAGUGACAGUAUUGUCACACAGAUCGGGCUGUUUUCUUCCAGAGGAGCGGGCCGAAGUGGUAUACAGAUACAACCCGGUUUAGCAUCACAAUGUGAACAGAUGGUUCUCUUUAUUUUUCGGGCUCAGAGAAUAGACUAUAGAUGCAGAGACUUGAUGAUUUCUAGAGAACUAUCACUGUUAACAGAGACAGCACUAAAUUGUUUCUAAUUUCCCACGGGUCAGUCUCAACAACUGGCAACGUUUUUCA